AAAGAAAAAAGAGGACAAAAAUGGAGAGAGUUUGAACUUUGAAGAGGACGGUGGCGGAGACCGAAGAGCUUUGGCUUAUGUUUAGAAGUAGGUUGGUCUUUUAAGGAGGAAAAGUCCUACUUUCAUUCUAUCGCUUUACUCGUCUAGCUUUUAAAGCUUUGUUUGGAAGCCCAAGUCUAGCCCUGUCGGAGCUGCUCUUUCGAUCCACCUAUUGCCGCUCUCUCAUCGUUUUUCUUCCUUGGGAGAAAUUUGGAGGUCUUAGGGAGAUUUUGAUGUGCCAUGGUUGCAAUAGGAAAUCUGCAAGCUCUAGCUUCGUGAUGGACAGUGGAUUGAAGCACGAGGGAUUAGGCUAUAAUUUCUCUCUUUUGCUCGAAUUAUCAGCUAAAGAUGACCUGAUUGGAUUUAAGAAGGCUGUGGAGGAAGAUGGCCAUGAUAUUGAUGAAUCAAGCUUGUGGUAUGGGAGAAUUUUUGGUUCAAAGAAGAUGGGAUAUGAAGAAAGGACCCCUCUUAUUGUUGCAGCCAUGUUUGGGAGCAUGAAUGUCCUAUCUUAUAUCCUUCGCAGUGGUCGUGUUGAUGUUAAUCGGGCUUGUGGUUCUGAUGGCGCCACGGCACUCCAUUGUGCCGUUGCUGGUGGUUCUGCUAUCUUAGAUCAGGUUGCUAAAGUGUUGCUUGACGCUUCUGCUGACGUGAACGCCGUUGAUGCAAAUGGUAACCGGCCCGGUGACUUGAUUGCUCCUGCUCAUACUUUAGCCUUCUAUUCAAGAAAAAAGGCACUGCAACAAUUGCUAAAUGGCGCUGAUGAAAGUGAAGAAACUCUUGGUUCAUCCAACAAAAUAUUUUAUGAGAGAGGAGUGGAGGAGCCUUGGGAGGUUUCGACUGCUCGGGUUUCAAGAGACGGGACAGAGAAAAAAGAGUAUCCAGUUGAUCUCUCUCUUCCAGACAUCAAGAAUGGAAUAUAUAGCACAGAUGAGUUUAGAAUGUAUACUUUUAAGAUCAAGCCUUGUACGAGAGCUUACUCCCAUGAUUGGACAGAGUGUCCAUUUGUACACCCGGGGGAAAAUGCAAGGAGGCGGGAUCCGAGGAAAUACCAUUACAGCUGCGUGCCGUGUCCCGAAUUCAGAAAGGGCACAUGUAGGCAGGGGGAUGCCUGUGAAUAUGCUCAUGGAAUUUUUGAAUGUUGGCUCCAUCCUGCUCAAUAUCGUACUCGUCUUUGCAAGGAUGAAACUGGAUGCACCAGAAAAGUCUGUUUCUUUGCUCACAAACCGGAAGAGCUCCGCCCGCUGUAUGCCUCAACCGGUUCUGCUGUAGUGUCUCCGAGAUCAAUCUGUGGUUCUUCACUAGAUAUUGCGUCAAUCAGCUCACUUACUCUUGGUUCUCCUUCAGCUGUGAUACCUCCUUCAUCAACCCCACCCAUGACUCCUUCUGGAGUUUCUUCUCCGAUGGGUGGAACCUUGUGGCAGACUCAAUGUAAUAUCGCACCACCGACCUUGCAGCUUCCAGGUAGCAGGUUGAAGGCUGCUUGGAGCGCGAGAGACAUAGAUUUAGAUGUUGAGUUACUUGGUCUUGAAAAUCAGCGCCGUAGACAGCAACAGUUAAUGGAUGAGCUAUCCUGUCUGCCUUCUCCUUCCAGAUGGAACAGUGGCUUGUCAACCCCUGCAUCUUUUCCAUCCCCCAGGAGUAGAAAUGGAGAAAUGAAUGGGCUCGGAGGCGUGAAUCCUACUAACCUCGAGGACAUUUUCGGGUCUGUAGAUCCCGCAACUUUAUCCCAAUUACAAGGACUUUCACUGGACUCUGUUGCAUCUCAGGUACAAUCCCCUUCUGGGAUUCAGAUGCGCCAAAACAUGAAUCAGUCAUUCCUCUCACGAUAUGCUAACAGCAUCGCAUCCCCUCCUGCAAGGGCAUCUCAGCCUUUUGGUGUCGACAUGUCGGUGUCUGCUGCAACAAGUGUUCUGAGUUCCCGGGCUGCUGCUUUCGCCAAGCGGAGCCAGAGCUUUAUCGAACGUGGUGCAGUGAAUCGUCAUUCUGGACUUUCAGUCUCACCCCCAGCUACAUCUGCAACUGCUAUGCCUUUGAACAACCUCUCUGAUUGGGGCUCGCCCGACGGGAAACUAGACUGGGGAAUUCAUGGGGAAGAACUCCACAAGUUAAGAAAAUCCGCAUCGAUUGGGUUACGAGGCAGUUGCAGCAGUUCUUUAGCAAUCACAUCUGCAAUGCAUGCUGCUCCUGCGGAGCCAGACGUGUCGUGGGUUCAGUCCCUGGUGAAGGAUGCUCCGACCAAGAACGCUAUGCGGUCGAGUACAGAUGAGCAGCAGCAGCUUUAUCAUCUCAACAACGGCGAUUCGGAGACAGUCCCGACAUGGGUGGAGCAAAUGUACCUGGAACAGGAGCAGUUGGUUGCUUAAGCUUUGGAGUUCAGCCACAUUUUUUGCUUCCUCUUAACCUUCAGAAGUUGGAUCAUAUUGUGGUCAUAUAUAUAUUUAUAAAUUUAUAUAUUUUUUUAAAAUUGUCAUUGAUAUUCAUCAUAAUUAUUAAUUAGGUAGGGAAAAUGUUCCCAAAGCUAAAAGAAUGUUGUACUUAGAGGAAUCAAAUUUGGGCAGAAGAAAUGUUUCUGCCCGUUCCAUAACUAGUUUUUUCACUUGAAGAAUAACAAUUUUUGCUUYCAACCUUUUUUAGACA